CUGGGUUCUCCAAGAGCUUUACAAUGUGUUUUAUUCACAUGUUCACACCAACAGCAACCUGAUCGAUCACCUCCAUCUGGUGGUGUGUCACACUGGGGAGUCACCAUAGUGGGUUAGAGAUGAGAACAGCUGUUUUUAGACAGUUCAGAGCCUCAGAUUUCUCUGCUGUCCCUGAAUAUAACCUGGAUGUAAAGGAGAGGAAAGCAGCUCCACCCAGAACCAGCAGGAACCUGAAGAUCUGAUCCCAGAUCACUCAGAGGAACGAACACUAAACUGGAAACUAAGGACUUUUAGUCUGCUGUAGAGGUACUUUUACUGCAGUAAUGGAGGACUUUAGAGGUACUUUUACUGCAGCAUUCUGAAUACUUCCUCCUCUGGGUUUAGAGAACGGACCAUCAAAGAAAUAACUGAUGCCGUUUAUAUUAGUUAAAUCUGAAUAUAACUGCUUUAAAUGAACUUUAUUGAUAUUUUUGUUUAUGUCGACAGUCUUUAUAAAUAACCGUUUUUAAAUUAACUAUCAAUAAUAGAAUUGUUUUAAAACUUUAUUAAUUACAGGUGCGAGGGGGCGUGGCUGCUAAAAUGACGUAAUUCGUCCGUGCGGAGCCACGCGAAGCUCGCGGAUGCGUCAAGCAAAACGGUAACAGCUGCUGCGUCACUCCUGCCCCGUCCAAUAAGGGAGCUCCGUGUAAGAGCGGGUUCAGAGGUCGGUACAGAAGGGAAGAUGGCGGCGGGGAGCUCCGGGAGGCGCUGAGCUAAUUAUCAGGCCGAUCAGGGGCACUCAGAGGCGGCUGUACCACAGACUCUGACCGCGGGCCUCCAGGACGCUGCUCUCCGGGAACACGGACACUCAUGGCGCUGCUGUACGGCCUGCUGUGGCGGCUGCUGCUGCUUCUGGUCCACGUCAACACGGCGUUGGUCUCCUGGCUCCGUGUCCGCCUGCGGAGCUGGAAGGGCCGGCUGUGGGAGCGGGCAGUGGCAGCUCUGCUGCUGCCGGUCGCCCUGGCGGGUUUCCCGGACCAGCACAAGAAGCUGAACCACAACCCCGAUGCCACCGCGAACCCCGUGACGGGAAACCGCGGCGACGGUCGCCGAGCGCGGUGGCUGUCAGACGGCAAAGCUCUGGAGAAGCUGCCGGUGCACGUCGGCCUACUGGUGGCCGAAGAGGAGCCCAGUUACUCGGACAUCGCGAACCUGGUGGUGUGGUGCAUGGCGGUGGGCAUCUCCUAUGUCAGCGUCUACGAUAAUCACGGUAUCUUCAGGAAGAAUAAUUCUCGUCUGCUGGAGGAGAUUUUACGGCAGCAGAACCUGUUGGGAGUCGACGGAUCCAAAUACAGUAUCGAGUUCCUGAGCAACGGCAGUGACAAACACAACGUUGUGUCCUGCAGACCCACAGUGAAGGUUUUGUCUCCUGAAGAUGGGAAGCAGAGCAUCGUCCAGGCAGCUCAGCAGAUCUGUCGCUCCGUGGAGAACAAAGAGAGGAGCUCCAAAGACAUCAGCGUGUCCAUGUUGGACGUCCUGCUGAGAGCUCCCUGCCGUCCCACAGAGACGUCUCCUAUGACAACGUGUUGGACGCUCUGCAGAGAUACGCUUCCUGCCAGCAGAGACUUGGACAAUGACAAGUCCUCAGAGUGGACGAGUCCUGAGACAGUUUAAGACUCCAGGAGACGCUGAGGUUCUGCCUGCAGCUCUCCGGUUCUAAAGUCACAUUCCAGAGAUGGACGGAGACACUAGAGGACUGUCUGACUACAAACCCGGUUCUGUCCUCGCUGUCCGUCACUCUGUCCAGCUGCUAUUUCCUGCUGAAGAUGCCGUCAGGCAGAAGAAUGGAGGCUUUGUGUCCGUCCUGAAAACAGCUGGUCUCAGGCAGGAAGUGGAGGACAGACGGGUCACCAUGUGUAAAUAUAAGUCAUGUGUAAGUCAUGUGUUCAUGUUGGGUUGUUCAGGUUCUGUUGGACUGAGAGAAUAAAGAUCAGCGUCUGCCACUCUGAGAACUUCAA